GAAUAAGAAAUAGACAUUUUGGAACACACACACUUAACACAAUAGUGACGAGGCGAAAAGCUCCACAGUCCACAGUUGUAGUUCCUUAAAUUCCUCUUCGGGUGCUCCCUCUCCGUGCACCCUCCCUCUAUUUAAAUCAGUUAUCACUUUCACAAUCACAAAUACAGCUUCAACUAAAUCUUCUUCCAACCCAUGGCGGAUCUCAAGUCCACUUUCUUAAACGUUUAUUCCGUCCUCAAAUCCGAACUCCUCCACGACCCCGCUUUCGAGUUCUCCGAUGAUGCUCGCCAAUGGGUCGACCGGAUGCUGGACUACAAUGUGCCGGGAGGGAAGUUGAACAGGGGACUUUCGGUUAUUGACAGCUAUAGAUUGUUGAAAGAGGGGCAGACAUUAAAUGAUGACGAGAUUUUCCUUGCUAGUGUUCUUGGUUGGUGUAUUGAAUGGCUUCAGGCAUAUUUUCUUGUUCUUGAUGACAUUAUGGAUAACUCUCACACACGUCGUGGUCAGCCGUGCUGGUUUAGAGUACCCAAGGUUGGAAUGAUUGCAGCUAAUGAUGGAGUUCUACUAAGAAACCAUAUUCCACGUAUCAUUAGGAAACACUUCAGGGGAAAGCCGUAUUAUGUUGAUCUUCUUGAUUUGUUUAAUGAGGUUGAGUUUCAGACUGCUUCAGGACAGAUGAUAGAUCUGAUCACCACACUGGAAGGAGAAAAAGAUCUGUCCAAGUACACAUUAACACUGCAUCGGCGAAUUGUUCAGUACAAGACUGCCUAUUAUUCAUUUUACCUUCCAGUUGCGUGUGCAUUGCUCAUGGCGGGUGAGAAUCUGGAUAACCAUGUUGAUGUAAAGAACAUUCUUGUUGAGAUGGGAACGUACUUUCAAGUACAGGAUGAUUAUUUGGAUUGCUUUGGGGAUCCUCAAACAAUUGGAAAGAUAGGUACAGAUAUUGAAGAUUUUAAGUGCUCUUGGUUAGUCGUGAAAGCUUUGGAACUUAGCAAUGAGCAACAAAAGAAAGUUUUAAAUGAGCACUAUGGAAAGCCAGAUCCAGAAAAUGUUGCUAAAGUAAAGGCCCUGUAUAACGAGCUUAAUCUUCAGGGUGUAUUUGAGGAGUAUGAGAAAGGGAGCUAUGAGAAGCUUGUAACCUCCAUUGAAGCUCAUUCUAGCAAAGCAGUUCAAGCUGUAUUGAAGUCCUUUUUGGCUAAAAUUUACAAGAGGCAGAAGUAGAGUCAGUGUAAGUCUAGGACCAAAAUUGCUGAACAUGCAAUAGAAACUAGAGUCCUGAUUUCUUUCUAGAGCUGUAUCAUGUUCCUUGGCCUGGAAUUUUUUUUUGAAAAUUGAUUUUCUUGUCUUUUCAGUGAUUAGAUCUUGUUGUAUUUUACCAAUUUACCUUGUAAACUGUAUUGGGAUACUUGUUUCAGUUGUUUGCCUAUUAAUAAUUUCUUUUCUUCUAAAA